AUGAGUGAAGUACUCGGCAAGAAAAUAAAGAAGCAGACAGCUCGAGCGAAGGAAAAAUUAUUGGAAGGAUUGGGUAAAGCGAAAGCAACACAAGACGAUGUUUUUGACCAACAUGCUGCUAAUCUGAAUAAGCAAAGUAAAGCGAUUGAGAGGCUUAAUCGUGAUAUGAAAGGUUAUGCAACUGCACUGAAAGCAUAUGUGCAAGCACAGAAAAUUUUACGUGAGACUAUACGUGAACUUUAUGAACCGACUUGGCCAGAUCGAGAGCAUGUUUUUGCUAUCACUCAGUCAUUGGAUAUACAGUGGGAUGAAUUUGAAAAGGUAGUUAGUGAUCAAUUGAUGGGGUCGGUCAAUAUAUAUAUGAAUCAAUUUGCUGAUCUCAAAGCAAAAGUUGCAAAACGUGGUCGUAAACUUGUCGAUUUUGAUGUCGCCCGAAAUAAUUAUAAUGCUGUAAAAGCUAGUGGGAAACGAGUAAGUACAUUUUUCUAA